UAAGCAGAGCUGAGAUCAGCAUGAAAUCACAGCUGCACAAACGGUCUCGGUCUGAGCGCUUCACUCAGUGCAGGACUUGAAACAGAAAUGAGGAACCAAGCUGCCCGUCUCGUCCCUGAGUGCUUGGCUAACGAGGCUGGUUUGUAACAAACCUCAGCUGGGAGAAGAUCUGUCCAUUGGAGACCCGGCGAGCAGCUCAGGAGCUGGGGGUUGGCUGCUGGGCUGGUGCAUCCUUGUGCAUCCCACAGCAUCCUUCUUCAUCCCACUGCAUCGCUCUGCGUCCCACUGCAUCACUCUGCGUCCCACUGCAUCCUGUCGCAUCCCUCUGCAUCCCGCUGCGUUCCUCUGCAUCCCUCUGAGCCUCACUGCAUCCAUGUGCUUCCCACUGUGUCCCUUUGCAUCCUACUGCAUCUGCUCUGCCAAAAAAAUGUGAGCGUGGAGGGUUUCCCCAUGGAGAAGUGGGACAGCAAUACCAGUGCCUCCGCAUUCCAUGUGCCUGAGUGGAUGAUCCAGUUUGCUGACCAAAAGCAAGAAUUCAACAAGCGCCCAACGAAGAUCGGCCGCCGCUCGCUGUCCCGCUCCAUUUCACAGUCCUCGACCGACAGCUACAGCUCAGCUGCCUCCUACACCGACAGCUCCGAUGAUGAGACCUCCCCGCGGGACAAGCAGCAGAAGAAUUCCAAAGGCAGCAGUGAUUUCUGUGUGAAAAACAUAAAGCAGGCAGAAUUUGGGCGCCGGGAGAUUGAAAUUGCAGAACAAGAAAUGCCCGCACUGAUGGCUUUGAGGAAGAGAGCACAGGGAGAGAAGCCACUGGCCGGGGCCAAGAUCGUGGGCUGCACACACAUCACAGCACAGACGGCUGUCCUGAUGGAGACCCUUGGAGCACUGGGCGCUCAGUGCCGAUGGGCUGCCUGCAACAUCUACUCAACUCUGAAUGAGGUGGCUGCUGCCCUGGCUGAGAGCGGGUUCCCUGUCUUCGCCUGGAAGGGAGAAUCCGAGGAUGACUUCUGGUGGUGCAUCGAUCGCUGCGUCAACGUUGAAGGAUGGCAGCCCAACAUGAUCCUGGACGAUGGUGGAGAUCUGACUCACUGGAUCUACAAGAAGUACCCCAACAUGUUUAAGAAGAUCAAGGGGAUUGUGGAGGAGAGUGUGACUGGUGUCCACAGACUGUACCAGUUGUCCAAAGCUGGGAAGCUCUGCGUCCCAGCCAUGAACGUCAAUGACUCAGUCACAAAGCAGAAGUUUGACAACCUCUACUGCUGCAGAGAGUCCAUCCUGGAUGGCCUGAAGAGGACCACAGACAUGAUGUUUGGAGGAAAGCAAGUGGUGGUGUGCGGCUACGGGGAGGUGGGCAAGGGCUGCUGUGCUGCUCUGAAGGCCAUGGGCUCCAUAGUCUACGUGACGGAGAUUGAUCCCAUCUGUGCCCUCCAGGCCUGCAUGGAUGGAUUCAGGCUCGUGAAGCUCAACGAAGUCAUUCGACAAGUUGACAUCGUCAUCACCUGCACAGGCAACAAGAAUGUGGUGACAAGGGAGCACCUGGAUCGGAUGAAGAACAGCUGCAUCGUCUGCAACAUGGGGCACUCCAACACUGAGAUCGACGUGGCAAGCCUGCGCACCCCCGAGCUGACCUGGGAGCGCGUGAGGUCCCAAGUGGACCAUGUCAUCUGGCCAGAUGGGAAGAGAAUAGUCCUGCUGGCAGAGGGCCGCCUGCUGAACCUGAGCUGCUCCACUGUCCCCACCUUCGUCCUGUCCAUCACUGCCACCACUCAGGCUCUGGCUUUGAUAGAGCUGUACAAUGCUCCCGAGGGCCGCUACAAGCAAGAUGUGUACUUGCUGCCAAAGAAAAUGGACGAGUACGUGGCGAGCCUUCACCUCCCGACGUUUGAUGCCCAUCUGACGGAGCUAACGGAUGAGCAAGCGAAAUACCUGGGGCUGAACAAGAACGGACCUUUCAAACCCAACUACUACAGAUAUUAAGUUCCUGCCGCUGCAUCCCGGAGAAUCGCGAGGAACGAGAUCCCGAGUCUUUCCUCAAACUGCUGUACAGGAUGAAACAGCGCAAGCUUCUAAGUUAGAGCCGGGCUUGCUCGCAUAGUAGACAGUGUGUGUAGGUUAUUUAUUUAUUAAAUUAGGGUACUGUUCAUGCGGCCUCUGCCACUGAUGUCCGUCCUGCCGCAGGACUGGGAGAUGCUGGAUUCCUUUCCGUUGGUUUCGGUUUUCUCUUUGGGUUGUUCUUUUUCGGGGCUGGAAGGAUGGGGGAGGCAAGGAAGAAGCUGGUGGAACUGAAUCACUGCAAUGUGGUUGGAGUGGUCCAUCAUCACCAUCGAUCCGACACAAACGACAGGAGCCGCGGGGUUUGACUUCAAGGUCACAUGUGGCGUUUUCUUCCCUUCGCAUCCCAGUGGAGAAGGAUCCUGGCAGCUGGAAGAGCUGGCCCGAGAGUGGCUGGGUUUGCGUUUCUCACGCCCUUUGACAACACAAUUAAAAGCCUCGUGUGCUCCAGGCGCUGUUGACCACCAGGAGCCACCUUGGCAGCAAAACGGUGAAUCCCACCAGCAUCCACUGGAGUAACCUCCUGUCAUCCUGAAGAACUUCCCGGAGGACAGUUCUGCCAGCGGGUCAGUGACCUUCGCCUUAGCACUGCCGGAAGCUGUAACGAAGGGUCCGGUCAUUAGAGUCAGCCAGGGACGGCCUGAGCGCGUGGCAGGAGCUGGGAGGGCAGUGCAUGGUGCCUGCGUGGAGGCAGUGGGGUAGGACCCACCACCGCGCCCUCCGUCACAGCUCCGCAGCGUUCCCUGCUGCUGACAUCACGAGUGCCAACCUCCUGUGGUUCAACCAAAGUCAUGUUCCCGGUGGGGCCGCAGCCCUCACUGGUGGAAGAGCCUUGCGACCUCACCAACAAAUGCUGCCUAUGUGUCCAGGAGCUCUUCCAAAGCCCAGUGGAGCUCAUUGGCCAUCCCACCUAGGAGCUCAUAGGCCAUCCCCAUCCAUGUGAGGUGUUUCUCCAGCUGAAUUUCAGUCCUCAUUGGAACCUUUGGAGCUUUAAAAUCCCUGUUGGGUGUGAGAAGCAUGCCGGAGUAAUCCCCACCCCGAUCCCGAGCGUGGGGAAGAGUUCAGCAUCACUGAAACCCUUCAGUCACCCCAAAUCUUAAUGCAUUGGAGCUGAUGGAGAGCAGCUUUGCCAUGAUUAUACUUUUUAGCCUGGGAUGUCUCACCUGGACGCUGCAACAGCACAGCACGUUCACCAAGGUGGCUUUCCAAGUCUCCAUGUCUCAUCAGAGUCACUUUUAGGGUUCACAUGGAGAACAUGGUCCUUGCCCAACCCCAUGAGCUCAAAAGCCUUCAUCCUGCAGUUGCUGCUUUGGUACCUGAGCCCCUCAUCAGCUGCAGAUUCUUGUUUGAUCCUCACAGACCUCUUUGCCGUCAUGGAAAAACUCUUCUGUGGCAGCUUGUUCAUGCACAAGAAAGGGUAACAGCAGCCAAGUACUUCUCGUUUCUCGUGACACCAAGGUCUGAAGUCAGCUUGACCACAAGCUGCUUGUCUUUGGAGCAGAUAUUCUCUUAUUCUUGCUUAUUCCAUGUUCCUCUCUGAAAUUUCUCAAAGCCUAGAAGUAAGGCUUUGAGGAGACCUUGGGUAUAUGUUAGGCCUUUGAGAAGACCUUACGGCUUUGAGGAGACCUUAGGCCUUGGAGAAGACUCUGAGAAGACUUUAACCCUUGGAGAGGACUCUGAGAAGACCAAAGGCCUUGGAGAAGACUUAAAGAAGACCUUAGGGCUUUGAGAAGGCUCUGAUGACUUUAGGAUACGUCAGGUCUUGGAGAAGGCUUUCUCAUAGCCUGAUCACUAACCACAAACUCAAAAUAGUCUUCACUCGUGAAUUUUGUCCUGAGAUUUUGGGAAGAGUCCCCUGAGCUAUUUGAGACGUUGUGGUCGACUCUUGGAGGACUUUGGUCUACAUCAGCCAACGAAACCCCUGAGUUCCCGUUCUCCGCAAAUGAGUGGAGUCCAAUCCUGUUCUUGGUUGAGGGGCAGCGCAGCUGUGGGGUCACAUUGAGCUCAGCAGUGUUGGAACUCGGGCCCAUCCUCCUCCAUCUGCAUGACCCCAGUUCAGCUCCGGCAUCCGCUCCCUGCCCUGUCCUUGCGCAGCGUCGGUGGUGCUGCCCUCACCCCCAAAGCCCUCCUGCUGGGUUUUGUCCCUGUUUUCUCUUCCAGGCAGACAGGAGAAGAAGGGGAAAAAAAAGUCAAUAAUAAUCCCUCAUCUGGCAUUUCCCACCUUGAUUCCCAAGGCUCCUCUCUGCAUCGCUCCGCUUUGCUGUAAGCUGUUGCGCUCGCUUGGCUUCUCCUGAUCGAUCUGGACUCCUCUUCCAUGAUCAGCUCGAAAUUCAACGUGGAUUGGGUUGGGUUUGGGUUUUUUUUAAUUAAUGUAACGCGUUUUUAAAGCAUUAGGAAAGCGGAGACAUAGGCAACACCAGCAGAAUCGUACGAGGAGGUGAAUUCCGUUCCAAACUUUAGGAAUAACGACCAGAAGCGGCCGUCAGCCUGCAGCGAGGAGACGGAACCUUCGCAAUUGGAACCUUUCCAAAAGGCUGUUUUAAUUAUUAAUGUCUGAGUGAUUGUAUUAGAGCAGCAAUAACGACUCUGUAAUCUCAAACACAAAUAAAACAGCGGAAAACUCA